UAUAAAAGUUUAAAGGAUUCAAAACAAUGCUAUUGAUACACGUACGUGUGUGAGUGCGAGAGACAGAAAAAGGUUAAAGUCUGAUUCAUUUUGUAAUGGGUAAAGAAUGUUACGAGAGAAGGGUUUGUGUCACCACAGGUGGUCCCAUACCUAGCUAUACCUACGUAAUUAUGCAUCUUAGGUAUCUUUAUUUCAUUGAUUAAAAUCUAUAUUUGCCAAAAAUAUGUAAAGUACCUACCUGCAUUGACAUAGUUAUUAUAAAACUGCUUGUUUCAGUUUAUUCUAAUUAAGGGAGUGCAUGGUACAGUUUUAUUUAUUUUUCUAUAUCUAUUAAAAAGGAUCGUCGUGAAGAUGUAGGCAAGCGGCAGUGUUGCAAGGACGACUACAUGGAAUGUGUUUUAAAAGAGGGUGGUUUGGUAGAUGCACUUAACGCGUUCACAACUCCACAGGGUGGCGGCUACAUUUAAAGAGCUUGCUAUACUAAAAGUAAAACCAGUUGACUUGCUAUAAAAUUUAUUAUUUGGAACUAAUGGUUGCCUGAUAUUAUUUUUAUAAGAAAGGGUUCACUAUAAUGAAACCAGUUACCUUAUACCAACUGAUGUUAGACUACCUUAAUUUAAUAGAAAGGGUUGUCAAGAUAAUUUAUGUAUGUGGGGAUGGCUGGUGGUAGUGGCAGCAUCAAAGAUGUCUUUUAAAAGAGGGUUAGAUGUACAUAAGCAGGAAGGAAGCAUUAGCUACACACUGAGUGCCUGUACAAAGUAGGGUGAUGCAACACAACUGCACUGUUAGGUUAUAAAUUUAUCCAAAUACCUAAAAAGGGGUUGAAUCAGGUAUGCCUGGAAUUUCUAUAUUCAAAGUGGGUGGCUGUUAGAGAUGUGGGUGGCAUGCCGCCACAUUCAAAGAUGUCUAGAUUAUUUAUUUAAAUUAGGAUCCUUUGUAGAAUGACAUUUUAAGUGAAACUGGUUGAUGUUUAGAAAUAUUUUAUGUAAGUUGGGUUAUUAAAAAGGGUUUUAGGCGACCACCUCGAAGAUGUUAAGAAUUAAUUUAUGGACUAGAAUUUUAAAAGAGGGUUGAAAGGAUGAUGGUGUUGCUAUCUAGGGGCGUGGCUUAUAUUAUAUUAAGGAGGGUGGAUCUUACCAAAGCAGAAACUAUAAAAUAACAAGUUUAGGGAGAAUCUUCUUCAUUUAUGUUUGCAUUUUCUAGAAGUAUAGCUGACUUCUCAUCCAUGCUGUUAUGCUUGCUGUCUUUACAACUAAUUAAUUGCAGCUUUAUCAUUUUUUGCAACUUGUGUACUAAUUGACUGCAGUUUUAUCUGUUUUAAUAACUUUACACCUGUUGAUGUUACAUUUUACAUCAAUUUUUUUGCAGUUUUGUGCAUUUUCACACACUUGAUACCUGCUGAUAUUGUGUUUUACAUCAUUUUUUGCAACUUGUGUACUAAUUGACUGCAGUUUUAUCUGUUUUAAUAACUUUACACCUGUUGAUGUUGCAUUUUACAUCAAUUUUUUUGCAGUUUUGUGCAUUUUCACACACUUGAUACCUGCUGAUAGUGUGUUUUACAUCAAUUUUUACAACAUUUCAAGUGCAGUGCUUCGUUGUCAUCACAUUUCUCACAAUUCUACUGCUUACCUUGAUAACACAUUACAAUGACAUUUACAUGUUAUGUGUGUGGUCAAUCUUUCAAUAAGCGGUUCAAUUUAGAACGCCAUUUGCAAUCAAGACAUAGAAGUCUGAAAAGUUUCAAAUGUGAACGUUGUGAACAUGAAUUCACUCGUGAAGACAACUAUAAAGUGCAUGUUAAGCAUUGGAAUUGCACAUUAAAACGACCAGCAUCUGAUGUAGAGAAUAUUUACCCUAAUAAAAAAAUGAAAUCUUACUCAAUCAAGCAUUGUCAAGAAUGUAAUAAAGAUAUUGACUUGAACAAGUAUCUGGGUCAUCUCAAGAGCUUGGAGCAUAAAAAUAACUGUCGCUUCAGAACACUAAAUGCUAAAAUUGAGGAAAUCAAAAGUGCCUUCAAAAAUCGGAUCAAAACCUACAGAAUCACGCCGAAUGAGUCCUAUUAUGACAUUACUGAAUGUUUAAGCGGUCUGCGCCCUGAGGUUGAAGACAUCCUGGCAGAGACUGCUGGUAAACUUUCUAGCUUUAAGUAUAAUUUGGAAUUAUUUGCCAAGUAUUAUAAACCUAUUGAAAUGUCUGAUGUAAAAUCAUUUAAUACUAAGAAUAUUAUUUACUGUGCUGAAAGUGGUGAUUUGGAGGGGGCUUAUCAACAAUUUGAAAAUAUGAUCAAAAUUAAGAGUGAGGAAUUUCAAAGCAAGGGGUCUGGGUGGUCUUUGGAAAAAAUUUUAUUUUUGGAGGUAAAUAUCAAUAAGUAUAAACCAAUUGGAGGCAGCUCAUACAUACCUCUGCCUAAAUGGUUGGCUAAUAAAAAAGCUAUCAUAAAUAUUCAAAAUAAUGAUCAAGCUUGCUUUGCCUGGGCCAUAAUUUCAGCUUUGUAUCCACGAGAACACUUUCAACAUCCAUACAGAACCAGUUCUUACCCAGACUAUAAAGAAGCUUUAAAAUUAGAUGGUAUCGAAUUUCCCAUGAAGCUCCGCGACAUUAAAAAAUUUGAAAAAAUGAAUCUCUCAAUUAGUGUAAAUGUUUUUGGGGUUGAGGGGGAAACAGUAGUGGGGCCUUUAUAUUUCUCUGGAAAUUAUGCUCCAAAUCAAUUUCACAUCAACCUGCUAUACAUUCAAAAUGAGAAAGGGAAUGGACAUUAUUGCUGGAUAAAAAAUUUAAGUAGGUUAGUUUCUUCUCAAAUAAAUUCCCGCCAACAUGAAAAAUACAUAUGUAAUGGUUGUUUGGUAAAUUUCCAUUCAUUGGAAAAAUUGAAAAAACAUGAGGAUGUAGAGGGAGAAAAAACAGCUUUUUCUGCUACCUAA